CCCGCCGGCCAGGCCUGCGGGUGCUGUGCCACCGCCUGGCUCCUCAACCCUCUGCCCAUGGCGGUCUCCAGCCGGGGCAACGCGGAGGCCCUGGUCGCGCUGCUGGUGCUCGCCAGCCUGUACUUCGUGGAGGGGGGGAGCGUGGGGAAGGCCGCCAUCUGCUACGGGCUGGCUGUGCACGUGAAAAUAUACCCGCUGACCUACGCGCUGCCCAUCGCGCUCCACCUGCAGAGCGGGCGGUGUGGUGGGCCAGGGGCAGCGGACACGGGGAGUGACAAAAAAGCUGCCUUGACUGUGGCGUUUUAUCACCUCUACGGCUGGGAGUUUUUGGAGCAUGCCUACCUCUACCACCUGACCAGGAGGGAUAUCCGUCAUAACUUCUCUCCCUAUUUCUACAUGUUGUACCUAACCGCAGAGAGCAAAUGGAGUUUUGCCCUUGGCCUCGCAGCUUUCCUGCCCCAGCUGCUUUUGCUCCUGCUUGUAUCCGUAGCAUUUUACAGAGACCUCUACUUCUGUUGUUUCCUACACACUGCUAUUUUUGUGAGUUUUAACAAAGUAUGCACAUCCCAGUACUUUGUCUGGUACCUCUGCCUUUUGCCCAUCGUAAUGCCUAGCAUUAAGAUGUCCUGGUGUCGUGGCGUGCUGCUUCUCUUUCUGUGGUUUGUUGGACAAGGCCUGUGGCUCGCUCCUGCGUACUUUCUGGAGUUCAAAGGAUAUAACACUUUUUUGCUUAUAUGGCUGGCAGGCUUGCUUUUCCUUUUUAUUAAUAGCCUCAUAAUUGUUCAGAUUAUUUCACAUUAUCAAAAAGAAGCACAAGUUGCAAAAAACCUCAAACAACAGUAA